AUAAAUAAUCAUAAAAAAUUAAUGUAAAACAUAUUUUAUUCAUCGGUGGAAGUAGAUGGAACAGUACAUGUUGAAGGAUGAUAUUUAUCAUAAAAACAAGCGAAACAAUAAUUCGCACGACAAUGUGCGCAUCGUAUAAAACCUACAUUUUUACAAUCGCAUGACUUUUUUAAAAUGUCUAACGGAAAACAUACUUCGUUGACAUUCAUGAAAACUUCUCUCUCAUCUGUUAAUUUUGAUGCAAACCAUGCAUAUCGUAACAUGUUUUCAAAAAUAGGAGCAGACAGUUGGUGAUGUACAAUUGCAUGAAUUUUGAUGCAAUCUUCACGAGACGCUAUUUCACGUUUUUGUUCUAUUAAAAAUGAACAAUUUUGUAGGCGCUUGAUAAGAUUUUUAACUUGUCUGUAAAAGUACACAUCACACGGUUGACAUAGCGGUGUGCAUUUUGGAGGAAUAACUUUAAUUGUACAUGUUCCUACAUUGUUAUCAUCUUGAAAAAUGUCAUCAUAUAAUGCAGGAUUUGUUUGACCGCCCCACGAAUCUAUUAAUAAAAGAAAUUUCUCAUGUUUUACAUACGGUGAUAACACUUCUUUUAAAAACUGUGUAUACAGAUAUGUUGUAAGUUUUAUGUAUUAAUAAUAAUAUAUUAAUAAUAUGUUAAUAAUUACAUUUCCUUGUAAAAAAAAAAAAAUAUCGAGACUCGAACCAGCAACGUUGCCGUUACGAGUCUAGUACUUAACCGCUGAGCUACGCGCUCUUCGAUUUUAUGCUCUACACCAUGUGUUAAUAUAGCGCUUGGGGUUCUUUAAUCUCGAUAUUCUCGCGAACGCUUGAGAAGUGCGUCUUAUCCGUUUACCCUGAAACACUUGACAUAAUACUCUAUCGAUACACGGAGUUUCGACAAAAUCGAUUGGUAUCACGUUGUAGUCUCCCCUUGUGAGACUACAGCGAAGAUAAGAAUAGAUUGUUUUGCUGUUCCCUACAUGGUAGAUACAAUUAUCAUACAUUUAUAGACAUAUCAAAUUAUAAUAGUAACUGUGAUCAUGAUACAAUCUCAAAGCUUUAUACACGCAACCAUGUGAUUCAUGGCAAGCUUUCUGACAUAAUGAAACUUCAUCAGUGGACCUUCAUUAUGAUAAUCUGUACUAAAUACGAAGAAGUGUCGUAAAAAAUUUAUUUUAUUAAAUAUAUGGAGGGGAUUACAAAGUAGAAGAGGGGAUUAUAAAAUAAAGGAGGGGAUUAUAUAAUAAAAAGGAAGCAAGAAAAACUCUACCGCAUCAGUCGCUCAGUGAACAGUUGAAAACUUUCAGAAAAAAAUAUAUACGAGAAGAAGAUGGACUACUACGUGCCGCUUCAACAGGACGAAAUGUGUGAAAAAGUAACAUUGCCACGGUAUACGCCUCACAUUUUGGGGAGGAGAUUGGCAUUGACGUCCACAGCGUAUAAAUAUCUCGACAUUAGAAUCAGCGUAGGACCAACAUCGUUUGUGGAGAUACUUAUUGGUGACAAUCGAGGCAAUCAAAUAAUUCUGGCUCAUGCAACGUGGACAGCACUGUUCCAGAAACGUGCGGACAUUGAACGACUCGUGCAGUCGACUUCUCCUUCCUCAGCAUUAUCGAUUCAAGAUCUUAUUGUACAACUCAUUAAACUGCGUAAUGAAAAUAUUGUUAAAUUAACAUUACGCGAUACUUGCAUGUAUUUGAAACCAAAAACUGUACUUUUUCUGUUUGAGCUCGAACAAUGCGUCGAGCAUAUAUAUUACUCUUUAUAUCAAUAUACAUAUACAGUGAGCGAAAAAUAUAAACAUUUUGUAACCCUUUUACGCCAAAAUUAUGUUAAUAAUAAAUGCGAUGCGGCAAAACUCUUGCGAGAAAAAUAUGAUAAAACUUCGCUUUUAGAAUGUGAAAUGUUAGCUUACGCUUUAGAUAAUAUUGUACAUGAUGCAUUACAUGACAAAUAAAUAAGAAAAAAAUUGAAA